AUGACAACGUCGAGUGCCAACCCAGCGGCGGCGGCGGCGGAUGCCAGCCAUGCCACCCAAACAGCCAUCAUCCAAAUCGAUAGCACCAAGCCGGCGGCUCUGCCCCUAACGGUAUCCAACACCGUGCCCAUGCCAACCAUACCUCCGCCGGCAGGCCACGUCCUAAUCCGCGUCCUCACAACGGCCCUGAACCCAAACGACUUCAAGAUGCCGACAUACAUGCCGGACCCCGGCGCCACAGCGGGAUGCGACUACUGCGGCAUCGUGAUCGCUACGUCACCAGCCGAUGACUCUCACAACUACCGAGAGGGUGACCGUGUGUGCGGGUCCCUCUUCGCGUACAACCCGGCACGGCCGCUCGACGGUGCCUUCGCACAGUUUGCGACCGUGGACGCGCGCCUAGCCCUGCGGGUCCCAGCAAGCUGGACCGACGCGCAAGCCGCGGUCCUAGGCGGCAUAGGUUGGACGACGGCGGCGCUCGCGCUGUGGGGCGGGGAUAUGCUAGCGUUGAAGGGUAGACCAUCACGACCUGUCACCGGGGUCGAGUCGGAGCCCGUGCUUGUGUACGGAGGGGCCACCGCGUCGGGGACGAUGGCUUCGCAGCUGCUCAAGGCGUCCGGGUACAGGCCCAUCGCCAUUACGUCGCCCGCAUCCGCAUCGCUGGCUAGACGAUACGGCGCCGCCGGCACCGCAUCGUACUUAUCUGCUUCGGUUGUCGAGGACGCGCGCCAGGCUACUGGAAACGGUAUCCAGAUACGCCACGCGCUUGAUUGUAUUACCAACGCCGAGUCCUACGCCGCGUGCAUGGGGGCUAUUGCGCGCCGAGGCGGCCGCUAUGUCUGCCUCGAGGCGCUGGACGCGUCUUGGCCGGGGGGGCGUAAGGCGGUCAAGGUGGGUGUUGUUAUGGCUUUUGAGACGACGGGGUACUCGGUUGAUUAUGGCGCUGGGUCGACGUACACGCGGCCUGCCCGCGUCGAGUCUUACAAGCUGGGGGUCGAGGCGGCGGCGGAGAUGCAGGCGCUUAUUGAUGAUGGCCGUGUCGUGCCGCAUCCGGUUAGGGAGCUCAAGGGCGGAUGGGAUGGGAUUCUCAAGGGGCUGGACAUGCUCCGUGGGGCCAAGGUUAGUGGGGAGAAGCUAGUGGUUAGGAUCCCGCAGGAUUCUUGA